AUGAACUGCGAGAAUUAUGACCCUUCGUUCCCUGACCAACCUGUGGUCGACCUAUACCUCCCGGUGUGGGCCAAACUCCCGGCCUUCCGGUCCAAACCGGCCUUCGUUUGGGUCGAUGACAACGGCGGUGAAGCGUCGACCCUGACCUACUCUCAGCUCAAUGACUCCGUCCAGUCCAUUUCUUCGCAAUUGAUUGUGCCUUUGCAAAGAGGUGACACUGUGGUCAUUUUAUGCCCACCGGGGCUUGAGCUCAUAGAGAUCAUCUUUGGAUGCCAAAGAGCUGGACUUGUGAGCAUACCCAUGUUGCCACCUGAUCCAUCUUUUGCUCCAGAAAGCCACCACCACCUUGAUAGAGUCCUCUCUCAAACAAAGCCCAAGGCUGCCAUAGCACCCCACGGUUACAUCACAAGAGUCAACCACUACAUCUCUUCCAAUUCCGUAAACCAUGACCAGAAGUUUGCGGGCAUGUUGCAGAAUCUCAGGUGGGUUUCAACUGAAGAGAUUGGGAUUAAAACUAGUGCAAAAAUUGGGCCUUCUGUGCCUUCUCCUCCUCCUUGUUUGUACAAUGGGUGCAAGCCAGAAGAAGUGUACUUGAUUCAAUACACUUCAGGAGCCACUGGGAUUCCUAAGCCGGUGCUUGUGACUGCUGGCUCAGCUGCUCAUAAUGUCAGGGCAGCAAGAAAAGCAUAUGAUCUUCACCCAAAUAGCAUCAUCACCUCAUGGUUGCCUCAGUACCAUGAUUGUGGCCUCAUGUUCUUGUUGCUCACGAUAGUGUCUGGUGCAACGUGUGUUCUCACAUCUCCUACUUCAUUCCUCAAAAGACCGAGGCUUUGGCUUGAGCUGAUCACUAACUUCAGAGCAACUUGCACUCCAGUCCCAUCUUUCACCUUCCCACUGGUGGUGAAGCGCGGCGGUGUCAAAAAGGGAUCUUCACCCAUAAAUCUGACCUCAAUGAAGAACCUAAUCAUGAUCAACGAGCCCAUUUACAGAGCCCCGGUAGAAGAAUUUGUCAACGCGUUCAUGCCUUUCGGCUUAAGCCCAUCAUCCAUAUCACCAUCUUACGGACUAGCAGAGAACUGUACUUUUGUGUCGACGGCUUGGAGACCCGUCAAUAACGAUUCAGCCACUUUCCCAAACAUCCCAACUCACAACAAGCUCUUGCCAAGUGCAAGACUCGCUUCAACAGAUGAUGAUUCAUCAUUAGAAGAAGAAGACAUGCAGAUUGUAGUUGUAAAUGAAGAAACUUUAGCGCCUGUCCAGGAUGGAACUGAAGGAGAGAUCUGGGUCUCAUCGCCAAGCAACGCUUCUGGUUAUCUCGGCCACCCUUCAUUAACAAGGGAAACUUUUCAUGCAAGGCUCAGCAACAAGGUGAGCAGUUGCUUCCUUAGGACCGGAGACAGAGGAAUAGUCAAAGGUGAAGAGAGGUUCCUUUACGUGACAGGUCGGUGUUCGGACAUCAUCACAAUAACACCACCAAACGAUGUAGAGACAUCAUCGCAUGCACAUCAUGCGCAUUACUUGGAAACCGCAGCUUACGAUGCUUUCCCGCAGUUUCUGAGAGGAGGCUGCAUAGCCGCGUUUGAGCGCGACUCAAGAAAAGUGGCCGUCGUCGCGGAGUUGCAGAGGAGCGAAGGACUAAACCGCGACAUCUUGAGGGGAUUGUGUGAAGGCAUAAGAGAUGCGAUCUUGAACCGAGAGAAGGUCGAAGUCGGGCUGGUGGUUCUGGUGAAGAACGGGAGCAUGCCCAAAACGACGUCCGGGAAGUUGCAGAGAUGGCUGGCCAAGGCAAGGCUGGUUGGCGGCAAGAUGAACGUGGUGAUGGAGAUGGAGUUUGGGCUCGAUGACAAUGGAGGGACUCGGUCAAGUUUUAUGAAAAGUGGCGUUAAUGGCAGUGAGUCCAGAGAUCAAGGAAGAGGGAUGAGAUCAUCAUCAUCAUCAUCAUCCGCGAUGGAUGUGAGUGGGAACACGGGUGGGGAGAGAGUUGAGAGUGAGAUCGCUUACUCGUUGACUAGCCGCGAUGGCGAUUCCACUCGUCCAAAGUUGCUCUCAAUGUUGUGA